AUCGAUACAGUUGUAUCAUCCCUAAUACCGAUUGCAAAACCGACAACUCGCAACUCGCUUGUUAAAUUUUCGCAUUGAAAAAAGUGCUUUAAUUAGUAAAAGUGUUUUGAAAAUUGUGCGAAAAUUAAGCAAAAUGAGCAGCUCCGAGGAAGUCUCCUGGGUUACCUGGUUCUGCGGGCUUCGCGGCAAUGAGUUCUUUUGCGAGGUUGAUGAGGAUUAUAUACAGGACAAGUUCAAUUUAACUGGUUUAAAUGAGCAGGUGCCCAAUUAUCGUCAGGCCUUGGACAUGAUAUUGGAUCUGGAGCCGGAGGAUGAACUUGAAGAUAAUCCAUUGCAAUCGGAUAUGACCGAACAGGCAGCUGAAAUGUUAUACGGGCUCAUACACGCUAGAUAUAUAUUAACAAAUCGUGGCAUCGCUCAAAUGAUUGAGAAAUAUCAAACUGGCGACUUUGGACAUUGCCCACGUGUCUAUUGUGAGAGUCAGCCCAUGUUGCCUUUGGGACUGUCGGAUAUACCCGGCGAGGCAAUGGUGAAAACCUAUUGUCCCAAGUGCAUUGAUGUUUAUACACCAAAAUCAUCGCGUCAUCAUCAUACUGAUGGCGCCUACUUCGGCACUGGUUUUCCACACAUGCUCUUCAUGGUGCAUCCUGAGUAUCGCCCCAAGCGUCCUACUAAUCAAUUUGUUCCACGUCUAUACGGCUUUAAAAUUCACAGCUUAGCUUAUCAAAUUCAGCUGCAGGCAGCAGCCAAUUUCAAAAUGCCACUACGAGCGCAGCGCGGUCAGCCACCAAAGGACGAAGAGCCUGAAAACAAUGCCAUCGAUACGAUUCCAAAGCGCAUCUAAAAGUGCAGUACUGCGGCGGCCGUUACAAGAAAACUCUUACACAAACACACAUAUAUAUAUAUAUAUUGACAGCAACAAACAUACACACACAUAUACACAGAUACAAGCAGAAGCAGCAGCUAUUAAAAACGCCGUUCAGGAACGUAACCCCGCCCCCGCCCCUCUAAGAAAGGACCAACUAUACAAUCCGUGGCUUCUGCGAAAAACUGAAGUUUCGAUAUCGAAAACACAGCUACAACACACACUCGCACACACAGACACACACACACACACGCAGACAGACACACGAUUUAAAGAAGCAAAUGAAAACUCAACCUUGGCAGCCCUGGUACGUGGUGCGUGCAUCAGUCGCAUUCGAUGAUUCAAUUUUAUUCUUUGCAUUUUAUUUACUAAGUGAGCGGCUAAAGUUUAGCAUAGAUUUUAAUAUUUAGUCAAGUGCCCAAUUUAUCACUAUCUACCUAAACAGACCCAUAAACACACACAUAGUCACAAACACACACACACACACACAUACACAUACACACACACACACAC